ACCUCUCUACAUGCUCCCCGGGGUCCUUCUCAGCAACACCCUUCCAAGAUGGCAGCCAACAGUAGCAGCACGGGUAGCAAAUCCAGCAACAGCGCCGGUGGAAAACAGUCCGGCCCGUCAGCCGAGCAGGUGGUGGCAACAUUUCAGAAAAUGCGUCAGGAGCAGCGCAGUAUGGCGUCUAAAGCUGCAGAGCUGGAGAUGGACAUCAAUGAGCACAGCUUAGUAAUUGACACCCUGAAGGACGUGGACCCUUCAAGGAAAUGCUUUCGCCUGGUGGGAGGAGUGUUGGUGGAAAGGACGGUAAAAGAAGUUCUCCCAGCUUUGGAAAAUAACAAAGAACAGAUUACAAAAAUAGUGGAGUCCAUCAACUCACAGAUGCAGUCAAAAGGUCGGGAGCUCACGGAGUACAGGGAACGCUACAACAUUCGAUUGGUGGGAGAGGGGGAAGCAGACGCACAAGGCCAGACGGCGGCGUCUUCACGGGACAACGAGGGAGGCGGGUCAAAAAGCGGAGCUGGUGUUUUAGUGUCAUAGUUUGUAGUUCUAGUCGGGCCUUUUGAUUUCUGCAGAACUGAAAAUGUAGUUGGAGCCAUGAAAUGUUGAGUUUAAUUCAGAUCUUUUUUGCAGUCACUUUUUUGGUAUUAAACACAAAACCAGACAGUUAUACCCUGCUUAUGUAUGUGAAGAUUAGUGCAUGUACAAUGUAAGGUUGUUUGUCUUACAUUUGCCUUUCACUGAGCUGUUUUUUAUUUUUGAACUGCAUUCAUUGCGAGAAUAGAAGCAUACAUUAAACAGUUAAACCAAAUACUUUUUCAGGUCUUUACUUUAGACAAGAUGGAGGUCAUUCAGAUUCCCCUCUGUAGUGUAGAGUUAAGAUGCUACUUUAAGUUUUAAGGUAAAUAAAUAACAUUUCUGAUGGCUAAAAUACAAAAGAUUACAAAAUAAAACAUAGGUCACACUGCUUCUUUAGCAAACCCAUUUUUCAUUUCGUAAGCUUAAGAUUUUUUGACAAAGAACUUAAAAAGAAAAAUUAAGAAAACCUACCGCUGAUUUCACUGGGCCCACAUUAAACUUUGCAAAAAGUCACCUUGCUGAGACAAUUCGGGUCCUAGAUGGCACUUUGACAACAUGUAAUGAUUCUGAAUUAGAGAUUAUAGCAGAAUGGCAUCACUGUGGAUCAAAAAGAAUAUAUUACCUCCAAAACUGUCUUUACAAGUUAGCUGUUUACACUCAAUCCUGACAUAAGAUCAGUUUGCAUUCAGCUGUUACCAUAAAAGGAAGUCAGGGCAACUUAUUCAAAUAAACUUUUUUUGAAUACACUAUAAAGCUUAUAUUCUUUCUGAUCUGUACAACAUGCUGACACUUAUUGUGAUUUAUUUGUACAAAGUCAAUACUGUGGAAAUGCUGUCUAGGACCUGACGUGUGCUGUCCACGGUUUAUGUAGUUGUAAGGACAAAUGUUUUUGUUAAUGUUCAUGGAUUAAAAUUGUCACAAAUA